AUGUUGGUAAAUAUAAUUAUGAAGCAAAAUUGCCUAUUAAUAGCACAUUUUAAAAAUAAUAUUAAACUAUUAAGCUCAGCAAGGAGGCUUAGUACCAAAAAUGAUGAAAAAUUUAAGGGCAAGUACGACGUAAUAAUCGCCGGAGGUGGAAUGGUGGGCUGUACACUCGCUUGUGCCAUGGGUAAAAAUGCUCUGUUAUCCAAUUUAAAGAUUCUAUUACUCGAAGGAAGUCCUAACAAGAAAUAUGAAUUAACUCCUCAUUAUAGUAAUAGAGUUGUGGCAUUAAAUCAGAACACAAAGUCUUUAAUGAAUUCAAUUAAUGUAUGGGAACAUGUUGAGGCUCUGCGACUUCAACCUGUGAGACAUAUGCAAGUAUGGGAUGCAUGUUCUGAUGCAAUGAUCACCUUUAGUAGUACAGACAUACUUGAUGAUGAUGUAGCAUAUAUAGUCGAAAAUGAUGUACUGUUACAUGCCGUGAGCAAAGAAUUAAGCAAAUCCAAAAAUAUAGAAACAGUGUACCAGGCGAAAAUAGCAAGUUAUCAAUUAUCACAAUCUCAGUUAUCACAUGAGAAUAUUGUGAAGAUGAGCAAUGGUGAUACAUACUCUUGUGAUUUAUUGGUAAGUGAAUUUAAAUUCAUAGCUUAA